AUGCGGAUUCAGCUACGCUGCAACUACAUUGAACAGGACAUUGACAUUUCUAUAGGCGAUGAAUCGGAAGAAGGCAGUCAAGCCCCACGCACGUUGGCCGAGUUCCGGAGGGCCGCCGCCGAGUUGUACGGCCUCGACCCCGAGCGCAUCAAGUUUGUUCAUGCGGCCAAGAUGAUCAACGAGAUCGAGCCGGGCGAGCGUCUGCUCAGCGAAUUCGGCUUCAAGAGGGCGAGCGUGUCGGAAACAUUCGCGAAGCUCGGUGUCGACCUCGGGGAGCUCGAGAAGGGAUUCCUUGAAGGCUCACAACGAAAGGAGGCGAUACAGAAGAUGGACAAGCGGAUACGGACAUUCAACGAGAUAGGCAUUCGACAUCUCGAAGGGCUCGACGCCAUUGAAUUGACGUCGGAAGCGAGCACGCCCUCUCAGGUGCAACGGAACCGGGAGAAGCGAAAAGCCCUCAUCAACGGCAUCGACAAGUUGCUCAAUUUGAAUGAGAAGUACAAUGGAAGU